AUGACAAGAGUGGAAAUCAAGCCAGGCUCGCCUGUCGAGGAAAGGCUAAUAAAGAAUGAAGAUUCUGGAGAUGAAACUCUGCACUUGGAUUUACCGAAUAUCGCAGAAGAUAGUAUUUUCGAUGACGUAGAUGUCGAAGACGAAGAGUCUGAAUAUGUGGAUGGAAAUUUUGAAGGUUUGGUGUUCAUUAAUGGUAUUGAACACUUUGUUUGUCCAGGGUUUAAGAUUCGACAACUUCCUGCACCAAUGAUCGUUAAAAGGUCUUUAAGAAUGCUCUAUAAUACUAUCGUCAAGGGGAAUCUAGUUGUUGAUGGGAUAUUUCAUUCCCCAAUCGUCCUUAAUGUCCAAACAAUAAUCAACAAAUUGAAGGACGGCCGGAAAGAGGUGAAGCAUAUGCGGAUCUGUGUUGAUGGAAAGCAACGCUUGACAUCGCUUUUUAAGUUUAUGAGCGGAGAGAUCGGGUUUUUCGACAAUUCACACCCGCCGAAAAAAUGGUACUAUUGUCAUCCAACUACCAACGGUGUGUUGACACCGAGUAGCAACAGAAACAUUUGUCCAGAUGGAUUGAAGAAGUUUUUCGACGACAAGGUCUUCUGUUGCUAUGAGUACGACCAUCUGACACAAGAGACUGAAGAAACUAUGUUCCAGCUUGUCCAGCGAGGAAUUGCUUUAUCGCCAGCCGAGAAAAUGAGAGCAAUGUCGACUGAGUGGGCUAGAUUCACCCGCAUAUAUGAGGAUGAUUAUGCCAUGGUGAUCAACUUAUCGAAACAAAGUCGUGCAUCAGGCUUUCGUCUUAUUCUCACUAUAUUUACUAUGAUUCAAGAAGUUCUUUCUGGAGCAACCAAUGGCCGGAGGAAAAAAACUGUGCCCUCACUCCAAGCCAGUCCCCAAGCACUUAUGCGUGUCCUAGAAGAUCCAGAACCAAUAUCUAUGGGUCUCAAACUCGCUUUCAAGGACGUAUUCGACAGGUUUGAGUCACUGAUCAAGCUAUCUUCUACAAAGUUACCAGAUGGCCAGUACGAACUCCAAAAGAACUCAGUAUUUGAUCCUGCUCCUGAAUUUCUAAAGGAGGCGGAUAUAAACCACGUCCGCACUUUUUCACCACUAGAAUUAGUAGCCACGGGCAUUUUGAUAUCAUACCAUAAAGACAGGCGAUCAGACGACGUUCUUCUUUCAGACAUCAAAUCCCUACGUUGCUUUCUACGAUUGAAACAUAAAGAUCUACGAGUCAACGCUCAAUGCUGGGCCACGGCUUGGGAAUUCAUCUCUGAGCAUGUUCAUCGACAUCCCAAUUCCCUGAAUAAUUUUGCACUCCGAUUACAAUCGCAUCGGGAAAAGAAUGGGACUGCUAUUCCUACAGAGACGGGUAUAAAGAGGACAAGAUCGAAUUCAGAUUCUAGUGCGCUGUCGAGCUUAGAUUCGUUGUUCGAGGCUGAGGUUGAGGGGGACCGGGAUGAUUCAAGUGAGGGACCGGAGAGUAAUUCUUCCGUGGCUAGUUCGAGUAAGAGGGUUUUGGUUGAUCCUGCUAGCAAUGGGUCUUCCAAGAGAGUGAAGAGAUAA